CUUCAAAGUAUUAGCCAUCAGAAAAAAAUGAGAGGAAGAAUGUGCUCAGUAUCUCCAGUUACAUCCAGUGGGACAACAUCUCCACCUGUGGCUGUCAUCACAUCCACUAAUGUAGAUGCUGUUUGUGAGAAGAUAGAUUGUACUUCUUUAGUACAAAGCUCUGAAAUGCCUAAUGAUUUUUUGAAGUCUGCAUUGGAAAAUAAAAUCGUUAAGAAAACUCUCGAAGGUUACAAUUGUUUGAUAUGCUCCGCCUCCUGUAAUGGUAUAAUUACUAUAUCGGAUCAUCUGACUGGCGACCAACACCAUAAGAAACUAAGAGAUCUCAAAAACUUUGAGCAAUUUAAGAAGAAAGAUGAGAGCGAGAGCAACCAUUCUUCACCACUGUUCUGUGGAACAUCAGAGAGACGCAGUGCUUCACCAGUAACUUCACGUUCAAAUAAUGAGAACAUUUCAGAAAAUAGAAAUGGUUCUGCAUUUAAAAAAAUAGAUGGGUUAAAGACCACAGAAAAUCAAAUGCCAGAAACCUUAAAGGAUAUGAAGGUUUAUACACCUGCUGACUCCCUUGGCAAUCUUUUUGAUGAAUAGUUCUGUUGCUUAGAGUAUAUUAGCUAUAUUUAGGAUAUAAUUAUGUAAUUAUUAUUUGUUUGAAUUUUAAUGGAAAUUUUUUCUACAUAUAGGUUAUACAUCUGGGCACAACCUCUUCAGGAUUAAGCAAUAGCCAGAUAAGACAUUAAUAUAGUAUUUUGUCUUUGUCUUGUUCAUUAGUUGUGUAUUCUGUCAAAUAUUUACUCUUCUUAAGACUAAAUUUUUUUUUCUUUGCUGAUGCUACAUAAUGGUCUAGUGAAUAACAAUAGCAAGUUGUUAAGUGUGUUUCCAUCUAAGAAGGUACUGUCAUCCUGCAAUAUGGGUGUCAACUGGCACCUUGUUGAAUAUUUUGCACCAGUAGGAUUGCUGAUUUUUUUUUUUCAUAAGCAUUUAAUAUGGCAGAUCAAUUUUGAAAGCUUUUCACAUUGACUACACAACUAUCUUGCUUUGUUUCUGAAGUUUUUUUUUUUUUAGCCACAUCAACUAUGUCAGUGUAGGUAUUGUGCCCCUCCCAAAAUGAUAUACCUUUCCAUUAUUCAUUCAAGAACUGUUGGUGGUGCAAUAUGUUCAAACUGCUUAUUGUAGUUUUGCUGAAACAUAACUUCCAGAUCUUGUACUAGUCUUUUUUAAACAUCAGUGAUGACAUUGUGUACAUAAUUUAAAAUAAUUUUUAUCAGUUUUUUUUAUAUCUAAAAUUUUAAAUCCAACAUUGAUGUUAGAAUUUUUUAGUAUAGGAAGAAAUUAUACGAUACAUUAGUGUGAUAACAUGUUCUUGGUUUAAAGUUUCUUAUCUUUUAGAUUGUAAAAAAUGUUUCUUAACCUUUUCAAACAUCAAUUUUUCUUUAAUGUUUUUGAUACUUAUGAAACCACUUGGAAUUUUUCAUCAUGGUAACAUUGCUGACAUCACAGUUAAGUUUACCAGGUCUAAUACUGUCUGGGGCCUCAGAGAAUAAGAGUAAAUGCUGGGAAUGAGA